AUGGCUUACCCGCUCUCUGUCCUCAUGCAGUUUUUCCAGUGGUGCAAUACUUUCUUUGCGGCGGGAAUACUGCCCCUUUUGAUCACGAGCGACGCCUCAGUGGUGACGCUCCCCUAUGGAUCCUUCCAGGGGUCGACAUCAGGACAUGUCACAUCCUUUUUGGGAAUGCCGUAUGCCCAGCCACCACUAGGGAACCUUCGCUUUGCACCUCCCCAGGCGCCAAAUAUAUUCGACGGCGUGCGCCCUGCAACAUCCUAUGGAGCAGCUUGUCUCGCGCAGCAUGUUGCUCCUCCGCCGAUAAACACGUCAGCCUCAGCCGUAUCAACCUCAGCUUCUAUUGUUCAUGUAUCAGAGGAUUGUCUCUUUGUGAACGUCGUGACGCCUGCGACCGUGAACACUUCUGAAAAGCUGCCCGUGCUAUUUGUAGGCUCCUUCGUGGAAGGCGCUUCAGGAGGCAACCCAGGCAAUAUUAUUGUCGCACGCUCUAUCACCCUGGGCGAACCGAUCAUCUUUGUCUCGUUCAACUAUCGCCUCAAUGCAUUCGGUUUUCUGGCAGGCGAGGAAGUCGAAAAGGCUAGGCUGACCAACAUAGGCCUGAGAGAUCAGAGAUUCGCAAUGGAAUGGGUGCAGCAAUACAUCUCCUCAUUUGGAGGAGAUCCCGAUAAAGUCACGAUCUGGGGGGAGAGUGCCGGAUCGUUCUCUGUCGGCCUCCAAAUGCUCAUCAACAACGGCGACGCACAAGGCCUCUUCCGCGCCGCGGUGAUGGAGUCCGGAUCUGCGUAUGCCCUGCGCAAUGUUUCCGAAGGGCAAGUGUACUAUGACUUUCUGGUGGACCACACCGGCUGCUCAGGACAAGCCGAUACUUUGGCAUGCCUGCGUGAGGCUCCUGCAGAGCAAAUCAUUGCAGCGGUCAACAAGACGCCGACCAUGUUCAGCUACACGGCCCAUAAUCUACCCUGGGCACCUCGGGUUGAUGGAGACCUUUUCGUUCGCAACCCGCAGCAAUCGCUCCUGAUGGGUCUGCACGCAAAGGUGCCUAUCAUCUCUGGUGACUGCGAGGAUGAAGGGACGCUCUUCUCUUUGGGGAACUUAAACAUAACCUAUAUACCUGUUGCGACCCCUGCAGAAAUUGCAGCAGUCGGGUCAGCAUACCCGGAUGAUCCUAGCUUAGGAUCUCCAUUCGACACUGGGAAUGACUAUACCUUGUCCCCUCAAUACAAGCGCAUUGCCGCGUUCACCGGGGAUUGGCAGUUCCAAGCGCCCCGCAGGCUCACACUUAGCGUGAUCUCAAAAACACAUGAUGCAUGGGCAUACCUGUUCCGGCGCCCAAAGGCAACGCCGCAGAAGUACCUCGGCGUCGCCCACGCGUCCGACCUGUCCGAGUUCUUCGCGCACGUCGAUUAUAUCGGCAUGGACGCCCUCGUCAACUUCGUCACACAAUUGAACCCCAACGCGCCCCCGGGGCUCCCCGCGAACGUCAGCCACCUCUCUGGCGUCCAGUGGCCCCGGUGGCGCGCGCACAAUGCGACGGCGUCCCUGCUCACGUUCCAGGACCCGGUUCCUGAUUUCGACUUCACGCCAGACACGUUUCGUGCGGCGCCGAUGGCCCUGCUCACUAAUCUUUCUUUGAAGUUGUAG